AUGCCUUUAAAGAUUAAAUUCUCAAGAAGGCCAGACCCCCCGCCAGCAGAAGAACCGGCGGCGCCUGUACCACCUGUGCCUGCGCCUGCGACCCCAGUGGCCGAAGCUCCUCAACCUCCGCGCAAGAUAACGCUUAAGAUCGCACGAAAACCUCAACCUGAGCCGAGCGAGGAGAAACCAAAGAAGAAGAAAUCGACAAAGAAGCGACCAGCCGAAAGUCUCGCGCUGCCCGAGCCCGAACCUGAACCCGAGACAAGCCAACAAGGCCCCAAACGAAUAAAGCUCAUCCCAUCCAAGAAACCCGCCUUACAGUCCAUCCGCAUCAAGAACAAGGGAAUCGUGCCCAACCGACCGGUGGGCGUUGGGUACGACUCCGAAGCCUCGGACACAGAAAAUGAUCCCGCCAUUGAAGAACAAUUCAUCCUACGAAUGCUCCCAGGAGAAGACUGCGAUAUUGUGAGGAAAUCAAUCAGUGAUAGGACAUUCAAGACUGGCGAAGUCGGGCUCAAGCCCCUCACGCGUGAGGGUCGGCGCUCCAUCUUGAAUGUUCGGGGUCGCCAAUAUGCGGCAGCCCUAGUGGAUCUACCCUGCAUCGUUGAGGGCAUGAAGAGUUGGGAUCGACGAGGCUGGUAUAAGUCAGCAGAUAUCUGUCAAAUGCUCUUGGUUCUGGGACGUGUCAACAGCGACCAAGAAGCUUUGGAAUACCCACUCCCCCCGGGUGUUGACUCCCCCGAUGAAAAGACACUUCAAUACGCACACGGUAUCGCACCGCCCCUCCGCUGGGUUCGCAAGCGCCGGUUCCGCGACCGUGUUAGCACGCGUACAAUUGAACAAGUUGAAAAGGCCGUGGAAGAACUCAUGGCCCAGGAUGAAACUUCGAUCUUCCCUCCCAAGUUCGAGUUGGUGGACAGCACAUCCCUGAAUCGCGUCGAGGGCUUGGUGCAAACGGGAGAAUACGAAGAUGAAUACGAUGAUGAGCAGGAUGCAUACGGUGAAGCAGAAGAAGAGAUGAUGGACGACUUUGAGGACGCCCUUGCUGCUGAGAUGGAAGCCGCGCUUGCUGCCGGCGACGAUGAAGCACCGGGCCCAGGACCAGAGCAGAUGGACACUCCAUCUAUGCAACCUUUCACACCAGCUGGAGGGCAGACCGAACGCGGCGACACCUCUGCCGAUGAGAGCAAUAUCUCCGACGAAGACGAAGAAGAUGAGCUGGAUGACGAUCAAAUCGAGCAGCAGCAACAGCUCCAGCAACAGCGCGAGGAAGUCGCCGAGCUCGAGGCUCUCAUCCGAACUGAAACCGCGCAGUGGGAGAAGGUGCAGAAUCACAUUCUACGCAACAAGAUGGGCCGACGUAUCCAGGAACUAAAGAAGGACCUGCAACUGAAGAAGGUCUCCAUGGGCAUGCCAGCCGGGGACGAUAUUUGA